ACAUUGAUGUUUGUAAUACAUACAAUUUCACUAAAUAUUUGUCAUAUUUGCGCAUGAAUGCGAAAUUGUUGUGGUGUUCAUCAUGUCUGUUACUGUUCCUGGGGGCCACUGGUUCAAAGUAUUCUAGCUAAGCAAGGAGGUUGCACGUGAAACUACAUGUGCCAUAAUGCUUCGCUUCCAAGAUGACCAAAUACAGACGGACCUAGCGCUUUGACAGAUCGAAGUCCGGAGGAAAAGUUCCUGUCAAGUUUGCCGACAACGACCUUGAAGAACUUGGGUAAAAGCAAAUUCCCAGGACACCACACUGGAUGAGGGCUAAGGUAGCUGACAGGAGAAGCAGCAGCUGUAGAGGCCAUUGGUUUUGACUCGGGCUCACUCACUCUCAAGGAGAGACUGUCCUAGCAACUGUACCUACGUCCAAUCAAUGCAAGGAUACUCCUAGCAGCACGACCAGCUUUGGUACCAGAUGUGCGAUCAGCCUGCUGUUUCUCCCUGAUCCACCAGGGGGCCUCAGUCCCUCACAGGGACCAGCCCUGAGUCCUCCAUCCUCACCCUGAACACCCCGGCCCCAGUCAAGCUGUCCCACCCUCAUCCCUCUCCCUCUCCUCCUCAUCUCUUCUUCUGGCCCCCACAUUCCCCACUGGACCCCCUGUCGACCCUCUCCCUUUAUGGGGGGCAGGGGGAGGCGUCCGGGGGCCUCGAUGCAGAGACCCUGCCCCUAUAUGAGGGCCUUAAAAUGGAGUGCAACCUCCUGGAAAGAGUCGAUAGGGGAAGCCAUGAUGUGUCCACCCUCACUGAACUUUGUUCAGGUGGCGAUAGUGAGGUGGAGAUAGUGAGCCUGCUGUCUGAGGAACUGCCUAACUACACUCUGCGGGCGGACUGCAUGUUUGGCUACGACCACGACGACUGGCUCCACACCCCUCUGCUGCCCCCGGAGGUCGCCCUGGGUCUCACACACGAUCAGAUAGAAGAGACGCUCAAGUACUUCUUGCUGUGUUCAGAGAGAGUGGGCCAGGUCACUAAGACCUACCAUGACAUUGAGGCUGUCACCCACCUACUGGAAGAGAAAGAGCGGGACCUCGAGUUGGCGGCCCGGAUCGGCCAAUCACUGCUCAAGCAGAAUCGGGAUCUAACGGCACGGAAUGAGUUAAUGGAUGAACAGCUGGAGAUCGCUAAGGAAGAGAUAGCCCAGCUGCGACAUGAGCUCUCCAUGAGAGACGACCUGCUCCACUUGUACGCCAGCACAGAGGAGAUCGAAAACGCCUCCGACUCACACACACUAAUGAAGAGGAACGAGUCAUCUAACUCCCUCAGUAACUUUGUCAAUUAUGACUUCAUACAGCAGAAACUCAAAGGUCUGGAGGAGGAGAACCUCAAACUACGCUGUGAGGCCAAUGAACUGACGUCAGAGACCGCUAACUAUGAGGAACAAGAGCAGGAGCUGAUGAUGGUGUGUGUGGAGGAACUCACCUCUGUGAAUAAGCAGGUGGUGGACCUGUCUGAUGAGUUGGCCCGUAAGGUGGAGGACACUCUCAGGCAGCAAGAGGAGAUCAGCUCCCUGCUCGCACAAAUAGUCGACCUGCAGGCACGCUGCAAAGGGCUCACCACUGACAAUGAAGAGCUGACCCAGCACCUGAGUGCCUCGCGGGAGAGCCAAUCACAGCUCAAAUCAGAGCUAAAGUACCUGCAGGACAAGUACUCGGAGUGUGAGGACAUGCUACGGGAGGCCAGAGAGGACAUUAAGAACCUGCGCAACAAGAGCCUGCCCAACAGCACGGUGCAGCGCUACAGCGCCCUAUCAGCCGUGUUCCCCAUGGACUCCCUGGCAGCAGAGAUUGAGGGCACCUUCCGCAAGGGCCUGGACGUCCCCGCCCCCUCCGAGUACAAGAACCACCCGUGGCGCGUGUUUGAGACUGUGAAGGUGGUGAACCAAGCGUCGAGGCUGCGUUCGCGGUGCCACUCCCCCGGCCAGGUGCCCGGCUCCAGCCCUGUGUCGCUGCGCUCCAGCUGCGCCUCCACCCCUCGUACCAGCUACUACGGCUCAGACAGCGCCAGCCUCACCUUGGAGGACAAGCCCCCUAGUGCCGUAUCAAGGCUGGCAGAGGUGGCACACACUGAGGACAACAGUGUGAGUGGCCCUAAGCGUCUGGGUAUGCCGGGCAUGCCUGGAGGCCAGGACCUUGAGGCCGCGCUACGCUGUUUAUCUGACCGCCAGCAGAGCCAUGCCUCAGAGCGCCCCUUCUUUGAGGUGGAGCGUGAACGCAAACUCCGUGCCCUGGCCGCCGCCUGCCAGGGGUGCAGUGAGGAGGGCGAGGAGGUGGGCGAGCUGGGCUCCAGCGGGUUCCUUACACCCAACGACAGCCUGGUGUCCAGCUCGGUGGCGUCGACAAGCACCAACUACUCCAAUGGCAGCUCGCUGCACUCCUCGGCCGGAUCGGGGGUCUCGCGCUCCUACCUACCCGAUCGCCUGCAGAUUGUCAAGCCCCUGGAAGGCUCAGUGACCCUGCACCACUGGCAGCAGCUGGCCAAGCCCAACCUGGGAGGUAUCCUGCACCCUCGCCCGGGGGUCCUCACCAAAGACUUCCGGGAGCUGGAGAUCGACCUCCAACACGUCUACAGCCUCAAUGACCUUGAGGAGGAUGACCCUGACCUAUCACAGCUCUCCCACAGCCUGGCUGCCGGAGCCCAUGGCACCAUGGUCACUCCUCCAUCCUCCGGCCCCAACCUCCCCCAGACCCCUCCCACCCACACCGUCACCACCUGUCGGCGCCACCACCCCUCCCUCCUGCUCCCCUCCUUCUCCACCAGCAUUUGCUCUCGCAGCCUGUCCGCUUGUGGGAGCUGUGAGCAUCUGAGUACCACAUCGCCCUCCUCCUCCAAUCAGCAGCACCGUGUGCUGACCUUUGACCCUAGCCAUGGCGGCGGCCACCACUCCACCUCCACCACAACACCUCCUCUAUCACUGGGACUCCUGAGGCUGCUGGAGGAGCAGGGCAUCUCCGCCUCCACCCUCCCCUACCCUUACCACCAACUGACCCCACACACUGCCCACACACGCCCCACAACGGUAGAGGAAGAGCGGGGUGGAGGAACAUGCACUAUGGAGGAAGAAGGGAGAAGGAACAUUUUCAGCUUCAACCUGGUAGAGAAGCUGAGGAGUCUGGGACUUCACAAGGUGGCAGACCGAGGCGUGGUGGACUGAAGAGAGAAUGGAGAAGAGAGAGAAGCAAUCAGGCAAUACAGACAUCCACCUAGAGUCUGAGAAAGACUGGGAAAACUCCUUCUCCCUUUCCUCCUUAAUGGUCAUUGACUUCAAUCCAUGUACUGACUAUGCACUGUACCGCCAUUUUGUGUUUUGGGCCCACAGCAAUACAUCGUAAAAUGGAACCUCAGGAGAACCAUAGAGCCAUACGUUGAGUUUCUGUCACAUGUAUAGUCACUCUUCUGUUUGUAAUGGACUCGUGUAUUGUAGAUACUAGGUCUCCACGACAAUGUGUGACAUCAUGAUCAUUCUCAGGAGAGUCACCUGAUCACCGGUCCGGCUGGCUUGAACACGCGCAAGUUUUUAUUUUUAUAAAAUUAAAAGAGGCAGGAACAUCACAAAGAAAAACAUGCGUUUCUUUUUUAUACCUGUGUUUCGUGGGUGUCGGAUGGUUUUACACGGUAUGAAAGAAAGGGAAGGCUUCUCGUGGUGUUUAUUAUUAUAGAUUUUUUUUGGAAAGACCCCCACCGCUAUGCUUUUUUUAUAUAUAUUUUUUACCAUGAAAUACAAUCACAUUACCUUUUCAUUACUUUGGGAAAGAUUCAAGGUAUCAUUAUUUAAGAACCACUAAACUGACCACAGUUUGUCACACUUAAAAAACCCAAGAUGCACUGGAAUUCAGUAUUUUCUUUUGCAUAUUAUCUGCUAUUAGAAAAUGAAGCAUUUGUGGGUAUUAACCACAUUCACUUUACUGUGGUAAAACCACACUUCAAUCACUCCCCAUUACAGAAUGGUAGCGAGAUUGAUACACUGACUGAACUUCCUGAAUGUUUGUGACAUUAAUGACAUUCACUGAGGUAUACUAAUCUGCUCUUUACCCAAAAGUCCUCAUUUAGCACUUGUGGUACUGUGCGUUUGCAUGGCAUCACACAUCACCUGCUGCAAAUCACUGUAAAAUGCUUUACUUCGAAAUGCUGUCAAUUAUGUCAGUCAUUGUAAACUUGUGUAUUUAGUCGUACCUCACCAAAAGCAUUCAUGUAGUCUACCAUGCUGUAUCAAAGACACCUGAAAGUGACUGUAAAAGGUCUCGCCACUAGUCUAUGUGCUGGAUCUGUGUUAACAGACCUUAAACUAAAGUGUUGUUGGUACAAAUGUAAUUCCUGUCAUCAGGAAUAAUGAAAGUGAGCUGUAUGAACAUUUUUUCAUCAAUUGAUCAUGGACUGCAUGCUUUUUUGGAUGCUCCUUCUUGUGUCUGGACAAUCAAUUGUAGAUAAAAGGCAUAGAAUACUGCAGAUCAAAAGGGAAAAUGAUAGCAAUUAUGACCAUUUGAAUUCAGAGGAAAAUGAACCAAACAGCAAUACAUAUAUUUCAGAUGUUGAAAUCGACUACUCUUUGCUGAAUUUUAUGUUAUGAUCACUGAGAUGCAUGUCUGUAUAAAUUGUACCACAUGUACAUUAAAAAGUACAUUGUAUUUCCAUCA